GUUAAUGUUAGAACUUGUGCGUUUCAACUUACCUAGACUUAGUUCAUGAGCUACAACAUCGUUCUGAAUAGAAGUAACAAACAAAUUCGUUGAUAGUCGUUGAACUGUGUCCACCGGGUUUGCAGAGAAAUAUUGUGCUAUUCUUUUAGAGCAAAGCAAAGAUUAGAAUUUUGAUCGUAUGGGGAGGGCUAGCUGAGCAGGAUAGAGAAUCUCGAUUUCGAUAUCUGUUUGCGUAUCGCGGUUUUACAGCGUUAGCGCUCGUUGUUCGAUUGGCUAAAGCAACACACAAAACCAAACAGAUUCCACAGUUGGGGCAAAGGAUGGGGUAGUGGAGUAGGUAGCUUAGAUGUCCACUGCGCCCUGAUGCCCCAACAGACUCAACGACGUUCUCUAUCUGUUACUAGCUUGGUUCUUUUUUGGCGGGGUUUUAAAUAAGAAGGGCAACGAUAAAGAUGUCGCUAGUGCGUGACUCCUAAUGUUCAAGAAGGCCUUUUUACGUUGUGAAGUACUUCUUUACAAAUGGACCCAAAAUAGGAGACCUAAGGUUCGGGCGUGAAUUUCUUCACCCAGCUUCUGCUCCCUUCCUUGAGUUGCUGCGGUGUUGAAGUUUAUGCCUAUGCUCGACUGCGCGGGAGGGUUUUUGCCUUACCCCUCUAAGGUCUCGGGGAUCACGCUGCCACACUGUCACCAAACCCACGCCGACACUGCCAAACAGACUUUUUGAUAUAGAAUAAAAGAGCCACAAAGAAGCAUACUGCAGGGGGAAGGGAAAAGGCUUGCAGCUACCCAAAAAGCGCGGCCAAACAUAUCAGAGGGCUUGCCUGGGGGUAGUUUCUGCACAAGUGCCGCGCUUGUGUAUUUAUAUCGCAGUAAUGAAGUAGAAGAGCAUGGGCACGAUGGUCAGCAAUUGCCCCCUUCUCUGCCUUCCUCCUGUAGCAAUACUUCCAAAAAGAGCCGACGCACAGCCAACAUUCCGACGCGCCCAGCCAUGCAUGUCGUGGCACUUGGAGGCCCCAAAGAUUGCUUCUUCAAAACUCACAAGUGUGAGUUGAGAUUUCCCGACCUUUAGGCUUAGCGUUUUAGGCGUGUGGGGCGGGUCAGUGGGCCACUAGGAGGAACAGGCACAGAAACACCACCAAAAAAUGGAAGAGCAGCGUAGCGCAAGCGAUGUUGCACUACUAUGGUCGUCGCCUCAUUUGCGCAGCAUACGAGCAGGCAACCUGGUGGUGUGACUCACUGCCUACUGACCGAUGUGAACAACUGUAACAUCGUCGCGAGGAGAAGGGACGAGCAGUCUGGAGCCGCAAGGCAAAGGGGUCAGAUGGCAUUUACGAACCACGAAUACGAUGCCGCGAUAGAACAAGGACGACGAGCCUGGAUCAUCUCUUUUUCCGAUCUGAAGUUGUCUAUGUGAUAUUUCGCUGCGUUAUCUUUGUGAUUUGUAUUUAAAAAAAAAAAAAAAUCUUUCUAACAUUUUUUCGCCUCGACUUUGUUUGUGGGCAGUUCUGUUCACUGGUGAUUGGCACUGAAAAUAGAUUCGUCACACCAUGAUCUGCAGCUAGUACACUGAUUGGUUUUUGUGGACCGUGACCCCGCGCCAAUGCCAUUGUUGAUGAGUAAAGAUACAGGAUGCGCCCGCGUCAUCGUACAAGAGUCGCUAUGUAUGGGCCUCAGCAGGUGGUGCAGUUCGUUGGGAAGUUGUGCUCUCGUUUAAGUUUCUGGCUCUACCAAAUAAUGGUGAGCUGACACAAAUAACUAGGUGCUGUGAUAGAUAAAAGACACCACUACACUCCGCAAUAUCUCACUCCUACCAAGCUACGCUUGUUUUACGAUUUUGAUCGAGCAACAUGGCCGGAACCGUACCACCGACACGAAUUAUACUAACGGAAGAAGAGGUCCCGUCGUUCGCCUACGCUGAAUGGGUCGAGAAACGAGUCGGAGAUGUUGCCGCAGGACUGGAGAGGCGGGUGCGAGAAACAGCAGAGCAAAACAGGCUAGCAAUUUUGCGAGAACCCGCAAAAACCGCUGAAAUUAUGAAGAAAGGAACCGCGCUAGUCGAAAAUAGCACCUUCCUCGUGGACGAUUACCGGCACCACUGCACUUGUCUUCGUAGUGCGCGAGAAGGAAAAUUCUGCCACAUCGACGACAUACAACGCGACAAAACGACCCACGAGACCUUUGUCUGGCUGCCACUAAAGGCGAGAAAAAGCGCCGCCGCGGCAGACGAGGCCGACGCUGGUGAUGUUGCAGCCGCUGCCGGAGUUGAUGCAGAAGGUGCUGUAGGAGAAACAGCGGGAGCGGAUGAACGAGAAAGAUGGCUAAGCGGCGAGGCACUAGAAAAUUGGCACCGCAAUGACGAGAACAGAAACCGCGCACUACCCAGACACGACCCGGACGUACUUGUUCGCGACGGCUUUCGCUGGUUGGGACCGGGCUAUGCCCACCUAAGUGGCUCCAUUGCGCAAGACCAGUUGCGAAUGUGGAUGGCGGUGGUGCGACGGCGUUGGGAAACAGAAGCGCAGCUUCCGAACUUUCCCAAGGAGCUCUUUCUCAUCGUUCGAAGGUUUCUUCGACCUGUCGGCAGUGUCAUACUGAACCCCAUGUACUUGGCCGUUGUAACGGAGCGCAAGCGGACGAGUGAUCUGGAGCACCUGCUUACUGCUGGGCUCGCUCACUGCUUGCAGGCGGCGCAUUCUCUGGGCACGACCAACGAGAAAGAAGUGGCCGGAGCGGUAUCGUGGUCUAAGGAUGCGACGGAGGUUCGAGCACUGGGAAACACAAUAGUCACUGUGAUGCUAGCAAACAAGUUUUUUUCCGUGGAGGGCCCGAAUAUGUGGCCGACAAGGACCGAAGAACAGAUUACAAGUAGUCGCGCGUGGAACGAACUGCGGCAACAGGAAAUAACGGCACGGGACCCCUUCGUGAGGCUAUCCAAGAACGAGGCGAAGUAUGAUAACAUCAUGUCCGUCCUGCGCACAUUCUUCGAAGCGAAAGGGUUGAACUUUACUCAGAACGAAGAGGAACGUGAAAAAUUCACAAUCUCGUGGGCCUGAACAUACCUCCUGAUCAGCUUGCGUAUCCUACGUAUUUGUUUCCCGACACGACUUCGACUUUUGUAAGUGCUAAGUGCUAGGCAUACAACUGUGACUUACCGUUUAUUUCGCCUGCUUGAAAUGAGAAAGACAAAGAGAAAUAUGAAGAUGAGAAACUACUAUUGACGCUGUGACGGCCGCAAGGAUUGCACCGUGUAGCGCCUUUUUUUUUUGGUGUUCGGACACCGAGGAGGAGGACUGCUAUUGCUUCCCAGUAAUUGUAAUGGCAGUGAAACGGAAACCGAGGCUCGAUCUCGAAUGUGCCGCACAUUCAGGUGAAGAGGAAUAUGUGCAGCUAUUUCGGGUGCAAUUUGAAUCCACUACGUAAAGGUAAACUAAAAAACGCGUUGAUGCCUCGUCUUAACAACUUGAAGUAAGUGAACUUCAUCGAAGUGAAAGUGGGCGUUGAAGACUUGUAUCGACAUAUUAAUUUCUGCAACUGCACGUCGUGCCUGUGCCAAAUUCAAAUUGAUUUUGAUGAUUCGUUCUUGGAGCGCGCGGAUAGAACAGGAGUCGGUCUGCGUGCAGCUGCAUAUUGUGCAGCCGCACCAUGACGACCAUCCUUGCUUCAGUUUCUGUUUCGUUGGAACGGUACGUAGUCGAAGAAGGCUUGGUACACAGUGACUUUCGUUUUGAUAGAAGUGUGUUUUGUCAUCCUCGUCCAACUCUUAAUUGGAAGGUAAUAUCACUAGAAGUAGGUGGUCUACCAAUAUGAUGAACGUCGAUCGCAUCAUUAAGCAUCGCGCAUCCAUCGCGAGCGAUCUGCAGAAGGCGCGCGACACAUUAUCUGCCUCACUUCACCCGACUGGCGACCCCUCGGCCGCGGGCGGGAGCGGGUGCGCAACCGCAGAAGCAAGAGAAAACGAAAUUGGAAAUCCUGAUCGGGUCUCCAGCACCUCCACGUGUGACACGACAGUAGAUGAUCAACUAGACGCUGGAUCGUCGCUUGCGUCUUCCUCAAACGCGUUGAAUUCCGCUAGCAGUCCAGACGGCUCUACUUCGUCGCGGUCAGUCAGUGCUUAUGUGGCGCUUUUUUCGAUCUUCCUCCUAUUCUACAGCAACCUGUUUUGUACAGGAGCUGGUAUUGGUGGAGCGCCCGCGACGGUGGUGACAGAAGGACCUCAUCUUCGCGAUUUACAGACAACCGAACUUCUUGUAGACGAUGAAGACGGUUUCUUUGCCAGCGCGUUCAAGCACGUCCUGCGGCGGUUGAACUUGUACUCCGACCCGGUGCUCUGCUCCACCAUCCCGGCGCCGGACGGAGUAGCCGUUGAUCCUCCUGACUGCAUUCCCUGUCCGGACCAAGGCACUUGUCGGAACGGAACGCUUGUCGCAUGCGAGGCGCCUUUCGUGGUGGUGAAAGCUCGGACGUGCGUCAAGGACGAAGGCAUCGUCAACAGAGCCGCACAUUAUGCGAGCCUGCUGGAAACGGAGCUCGCUUGGAUGAAAGGCCGGAGGGAAUGUCUGCCGGAGGGGAAAGAGGUACGAAUUACAAAUGAUCGUUUGAGGGUUAAGACCAUCGAUCAAGAUCAUCAUGCAGUAUUUCUUAUAGUGAUUAUGUCGUGUAUCAUGCAGGCAUUCAUCCCAGAAAUAUUGACUUCGCCCUCCAAAUAAACUUCACAGACCGUUGACCGCAGCGAAGCUUCGGAGUAUCUGCGCGAGAAAAUCUCAGACGAUGUUUGGGACGACGCCGCGUUUGCACUGCUUUACGCGCCGCCGAACAACAAAACUGAUCUCGCCAGGAUAAUACCACCAACCCUUCGGCGAGACGACAUCCGUGCCGGUACUACCGUGUUCGUUUCCACCCGAGCCACAGUGCCGCUUCUGUGUCGGGCCAAGCUGCUUUUCUGGCACUACGUUCCAACACUGCUGCUGGGUUUGUCCUUACUUGCGCUCUUCCUCCUUUUCCUCAAGCGGGAGGCGCGAAAGCGGUGGAUCAGGGAAACUCUGAUUCGGGAGGUGGAGAAAAAUACAAAAGUGGAGCCGGUGUUGCAGGGACUUAGUCUGGAGGAUCUGCAGCUUCUCACCGGGGAGCCUGACGCGGAAAAGAUGCUUGUGAUCGUCGAGGAAGCAGAGAGAAGGGGAAAAAUCUCCCGCGAUGUUGCAAACGGGGCGCUUUUCUUCUACUGUCAGCGGAUUGCGGACGAACUCGCACCUGCGAAAGAAGUGAAAGUGGCACACGGAAUAGGUGCUCGGAAAGUGCAAUUGUGCUGACACGGCUGGAAGGCCACGCAGGUGCGACGUGACCGCCGCAUCUCUAUUGAUGAAAUUUCGAUGAAGAUUUGAAUUAGGUUCUUAUGCUUACGCAAGAAUGCACGACAGCACGGACACUCUGUAUGAUUACGACCGAAAAUCGUGGGCAGGGAGGUCGAAAGGAGCUGCGCGCCUACAGCGUUUCCAGUCGAAAGGAGCUGCGCGAGUAGCUAGGUCGCGGUCGUGCUGCAAACCCGUGAUUGGUUACCCG